AUGGCUACUCCAAGAACCCUCCACUUCUCCACCGAUUUCUGCAUCAGCUGUGGCACGGUCACAGUAGAUAUCCAAGCCAAAAAAGCCCUCCUCAUCUUCGACCGUCUAAAAGGCGAGUACCUCCUGCCAAAGGGACGCAGAAACAUCGGCGAAACGCUGGAGGCUGCAGCCGUGCGUGAAACCUUCGAAGAAACGGGCAUCCGGUGCAGAUUGCUGCCGCAUUCCUUCCCAACCCUCGCGACGCAGCCUGCUGAUGCCGAGGCGGACGCUGGAAAAGGUGGGGAAGACCUAUCGAAAGAUGGAAAUGAACGGUUGACUACAGAGCCGAUUGCUGUUCAGCAGCGUGCCUCGCGGGGUGUAUGGAAGAUCAUCUUUUGGUUUGUGGCCGAGGCGGACUCUACGGUGGAUAAGAUCGAUGGAACGCAGGAGGAAUGGGAGCAAUACGAUACGUUGUGGGUGGAUGUGAAAGAUGCGAGACAGAUUAUGUCACGGGAGGAUGAUAGAGAAAUUCUGGGUGAGGUGGUGGAGUCGGUCUUUGGGCUAUGA